AAACAAAAAUUCGAGAAUGUUCGCAUUCCGUGUCCAUAUAACGAUGUGCUGUGUGUGUGCGUAUGAAUUUGUUUUAUGCUGAAAUAUUUGUUCUUCAUUGAGAAAUAGCAUUUUGUCUGCAACGGUCAUACAAUUCAUUGUUUAUUGAAAGUGAUACAAAAGAAAGAAAAAAAUUAAAAUGAGUGAAAUCAAUCCCAGAUCAAUGGAAGUUCAUUUACUGAAAAUUUGUGAACGAAUCAUCAGACUUGACGAUUACGAAAGUGAUACAAACACGAAACACUUGAACAACAUUUGUGCAUUCCUGUUCGAGGAAAUGAAAGAGAACAACGAAAUGUUCAACAAACUUUUCCAAGCUAUCGUACCAGCUGGCAGUUAUCCCGACGAUCUAAAAAUUAGUCAACCCGAUGAGUAUGAUCUGUUGAUUGUGUUAAAGUUUCCGAGUCCAAGUGUUGAGCGCAGUCGACCGGGCUAUGUUAUGAUUAAUAUAAGCAAGGCAUGCCAACAAGACGGAUGGGUCAUCGACAAUGUUGAUUAUGAAGGGUUUGUCGACAACGAAGGAUAUCUUAUUCAGAACAAGGUGCUGGAUUGGAUUAGAGCUGUCGUAAGAAGCACUUUGACGGAACAUGACAAUGUGAUCGAAACUGAUAAAAACAGCUACGAAGUGUAUCAGUCGUCUAAUGGUCCAGCCGUGACUUUAGACGUUACUGUACAGUCGGAUGAUACUACAUUCUCUAUUGAUUUUGUGGGAUGUUUAGAGUUUCAUUCUGAUGAGUGCUGGAUGUCUGAUGUACGCAAGAGUGUCGGUGUUUGGAAUGCUAUUCCAAAACCAAUUAAAAUGAACGACAAUGUAACCAUCCAACAACGGAUUGACAGUAAAGACGAUAUUAUGGAUCAAGCGUUGCUCAAAGCAUCCAACAAGUCCGACAAAAUAUCAGCUUUGGAUACGGAUGACGGAAUUAAAAUUCAGAAAAAAACCGUCGGAUCGCAAAGUAAGAAUGGAAGGCCUGGAAAAGCCAAAAGACCACCGCACUUCCUUCGGUACAAACAUCCAAAAUCUACUAAAAUCUAUGGGAACAACGAAACGGUGACUGUUGUUGAUUCACCGAAUAGUAAGUCGCGAUCGCAGACUCGUUACAGUAGAUUGAAAAAACCAUCUGUUGAUAUCAAAUCAGACAAACUAAAUGUGGGUGCCAAGGUGCAUGUUGAACAAAAAUCUAAAUGGGAAAAGUCUUUUAAGGAAGACACGUCAGACCCGGCUGCUACGAAGUGUCGUCGUUGGUACAGAAGAAAGACGAAACAAAUUAAAUCAGAAGACAAGGUCGUAGAAACUGCUGUCGCUCGGAGCGGUAAUCCGAAAAAACCAUCGUUAUCCGUUGGAGUAAUGGACAACCAACCCAUUCCCAGUCAGAAGAUAAACGCGAAAGUAAUGGAUCAGGCUGGGUCAACCGGUGAACCAAAGAGAAAAUCGAUGAAUCGAAAAAGGAAAAGCACGAAGGAUGUUCCAGAGAAAAAGCCAAAGGUGCGUGAAGUUACCAUCACUGCGAAUCCUCAAAAAAAUCGAGAAUGGAUUUGCUCCUAUGCAUCGAUUGAACGAGAACUUCUCAGAGGGACGCAUACCAUGAAGCCGUUGAUUCGAAUUUUUAAGAAAAUUCGUGACCAUAAGCAGUUGACGAACCUAAAGAGUUACUACAUCAAAACCAUUUUUCUGCACCAUAAUGAAAAGAAUGGCAUCGAUUACUGGAAGCAGUCAUUGGCUGUUUUGUUCAUGGAAAUGUUCGACGUCGUUCUAAACCAUUUGUCCGAACAACGCCUGGAUUCUUUUUGGCAUAAAAACUUCAAUUUGCUCCGAAGCUUCCGGGAAGGGCAGAUCAUGGCAAUUUAUAACAAUUUCCUUCGAAUGAAAAACGAUUUAAUUUCGGACUUGGAAGACGACAAUCCUGAGUUCAUUUACGAACUGGUUUGCACUGAAGAAGAACGAUCACAGCUGGAUGACGGUGUUUAAAUAAUCAAAGAAUUUUCGAUUUUUCCUCAGCAGGGCAAAAUCGUCUGCAAAAAUAUUUUCAUGGUGAAGGGUUACGCGACGGAUAUCAACGUAACAAGUUGGAGCGUCAAGCGAUAGAGAUGUAGGCAACAGAUUCGAAUACGAAACAAGUGAUGAGUAAUUUACGCGUGGACCCGAAUGAAGAUCGAAUUCACACUGCGUACGAUGACAAAGUCAACUGGCUUGUAAUACGAAGAAGUUUUAUUAAUCUUGAUGAAGCAAAACGAAAA